AUGCCGCCGCAGCAUGAGUCCGCUCCCACGGAGGACCGUCCACUAGAUGGCUUAGGGGUCGCAAAAUCGCCGCUUUCCUGCCAUCGCUGUCGGCGAUUGAAGAGAAGAUGUGACCGUCAAUAUCCUUUUUGCGCGCUGUGCUGCGAGAGGCAGGAAUCAUGCGAUUAUCCUCCUAGCAGAAAACAAAGGAACAGGCCCAGAAGUGGACAUGUUAUGCGCAAGCCUUCUCUGCUCAGUCCGCGUACAUCAUCUAGGACGGCUUCCACUGCUGGAUCGAGCAUUCAGGCCUCAGCAGUGCAAACCGCAUCGCCCCAUCCAAGUCAAUAUGAUAUACACUACCAGCUCUCCGAACUCAGUGAACUCGAUAUCUUUGCUGCAAGCUUCCUCAACCCCGACGACAACUUCAUACGAGCACAAUUAGAAAGCGCAAAGAUAGAAGUGAGCAUUACAGAAGCAGUGUCCAGCUUAGUCGGCAGCAUCAGCGAUAUCCAAACUAUCGCAGUAGAAUUCAACCAAAACAUUUACACGUGGAUGCCCAUCUUAUCUCACCAGCAAUUCCAAGAAACCCUCCUAGAGAGAUUAACCCUUCGAAGAGCCGAGCUCUUCUUACUCGUGUUGGCUAUGAAACUCUGCGUAUCACGCCCCACAGUCGCAAGAUCAGCGCUCUAUACAACUGUAAAGGAGUUCUACAUUAGCGUGGAGUCCUCGGGAAGACUAUCGAUCCUUAUUCUGCAAGCCGCCGUCCUGAUCGCAGUCUACGAGCUUGGUCACGGCAUAUAUCCUGCUGUCCUUCUUUCUGUGGCAAACUGUGCUCGCAUAGGUGUCCUUCUUGGAGUCGACAACAGUCUCACAAAACUUGCCCAUACUACUGAAAUCCCAUGGAUCAAGCUGGAGGAGUGUCGCCGAGUAUGGUGGAUGAUUUUGAUACUUGACAGAUUUGUCAACCUAUCUAACCCGAAGCGACACCUGGUAACUUCAGAUCCUGAUUCAGACAGCUACCUACCAGUGGAUGACGCAGAAUGGGAUAGUGGAAUUUCAAAGCCAGCCGAUGCAGUGCAGCUUCGAUUCUCUUCACAGAUGAACAUUGGCAGAUUUGCUCGAUUUGCACAUGCCGUGCCUCUUCUCAGCCAAUGCAUUUCUAGAGUUGACGAGGCGCCACACGACACAGUGCAGUUACGCCGUACUAUUCUUUCUCUGAUCAACCUCGGAGAGAAGGAAGGCGUAACCAAGAGAAUAUUGUUUUGUACCCUGAAUGCAGCAUGCUAUAUGUAA